UGUUAAAUAUUUAGGGGCACAGGGUGGACUAGUGGAAAUAAAAACAGAGUAAACAGGGGGCAUAUGAUACGAUCCACAGAGAGAACUUUCAAAAGAAAGGAAAAAGAUGAAAAUUUGUGAGCUCUGCAAUUCUCAGGCGAAGAUGUACUGUGAAUCAGAUCAAGCCAUCUUGUGUUGGGACUGUGACUCCAAAGUACACGGUGCUAAUUUUCUGGUUGCAAAGCAUUCAAGAACACUCCUCUGCCACCUCUGUCAAUCUCCGACGCCCUGGAUUGGCUCCGGUCCCAAGCUCGGCCCUGCCAUUUCCGUUUGUCAUGAUUGUGUGAACAAUGGUUCCUGCAUAGUGGAGAGGAAGAAGGAAGAAAGAAGUGAUGAUCUUGAUGAAGAUGAUGAUGAUGAGACUGAAGAUGAUGACAGUGAUGAUCUUGAUGAGGAAGAAGAUGGAGACGAAGAAAAUCAGGUUGUUCCGUGGUCAUCUAAGCCGUUUCCCAUGGUGGCAAGUUCUUCAACUAGUCAAGAAUCCUCCUCAGGGUUCUGCCACCGCAGAGCAAACGCUUCCCAGUCAAGAACAGCGCCCCCUGCUUCUCAAGAUCGAGGAUGCUGCUCGUUUUCCCAACAAGGCAAUAUGAAUUGGCCCAAUGCAUCAUCUACUUUUUCGCCAUUAACAGCCCACAAAAGCAGAAAAUAACAGCCUGAGAUUCUAUAAAGCGAUUCAAGAAGAUGGCCGCCUGUUAGAGUCAAGAAUGGCCUGCAUUUUUACUGACUUCCUAAUAAUCUUCCUCUGAUAAGAUGUAACUAUAAUUAGCCGUCUUAAUUGCUCUGUAUUUGGUAUGUUCAAUAAAGCAGACUUUUUAUU